CCGGCCGCCAUGGCGCAGCAGCGGGUGCUGCCGCAGAGCAAGGAGACCCUGCUGCAGUCCUACAACAAGCGCCUCAAGGACGACGUCAAGUCCAUCAUGGACAACUUCACCGAAAUCAUCAAGACUGCCAAGAUUGAGGAUGAAACUCAAGUCUCUCGAGCAACCCAGGGUGAACAAGAUAACUAUGAGAUGCAUGUCAGAGCCGCAAACAUUGUCCGAGCUGGUGAGUCCCUGAUGAAACUUGUGUCUGACCUGAAGCAGUUCUUGAUCCUGAAUGAUUUCCCCUCUGUGAAUGAAGCUAUCAACCAGCGCAACCAGCAGCUGAGAAGCUUGCAGGAGGAAUGUGACAAGAAGUUGAUUGCACUACGGGAUGAGAUCUCCAUUGACCUGUACGAGCUAGAAGAAGAAUAUUACUCUUCCAGCUACAGUCUGUGUGACAGCAAUGAUCUUCCACUGUGCGAAGCCUACUGGAGACAAGACUUUGCCACGCUGUCCCCCGAAAGCCUCUCCAUGCCUCUGACAGCUGCCACAGCAGAGCAGAGCGUUACUACCUCCCAGAGCUCAACCCCAUCGCACCCUCACGUGAACGGGCACGGGGCAGGCCCCACGGAGCACUCCUGAAGAGGACCCUCUGCUGCUGAACGCGUUCCGGCUGGCGGCACUACGCUGCUGGAAGUCUUCCACCUGCUGUACUGAGCAAGCGCCUCCCGCUGUCGGGAGAGCGCACUGGAGCUGUGCCUGCGGGUUUCUGCUCGCGGGAUAGCCGCAGUGCUUUCUCCACCCCUGGGACAUCACCACGAGGGUUCCUCUCCCUUAAGAGAUGGGGAUACGUUAAAUACAAAGUUGAUUGUUCUAGCAAGUUAGAGUUAGUCUGCUUUUACAUGGCAGUUGCAUGUAGAGUUCAUUAGAAACCGAGUUUGUUUCCAUGUGAAUCUCAGUAAGCACACGCUGGAGUGUUGGGAGUUGAAUUUCUUUGGGAUAAACUUGAGCCGAAUGUGGGGGCAGUGAGCGUUCUGGGGUUUUCACCCUGCUUCCCAAGGUUAUUGAUGUUCUGGCUGCUUUAAAGCGCUCUCAGGAUGGCACCUGACAACCUCCGUCCUGCUUAACUAGGGUAAGAAUCUUGUAGGUUUUUUUUUUACAUGGUGGUCUUCACUGUGGGAGUGCUUCACAAACUUGAACUUCUUGCUCGCCAUCAUUUGGGAGGAGGCUCUCGGGAGACCCUUGUGGACGAGCAGAACGCUCCCUUUUGAAGAGGAAAAGGGCAAACCGAGGAAUCGGGCUGAGGUGUUGAUGAUGCCGCUUGCUCAAGGCCGCAGAUAGAAGCAGCGACACGCUUUAGUUAGUCCGACUCCUUUUUCAGCGUUUAGGCAGCGACUUUCUAUUAACGUAGCCUGAGCUAACGUGAAGCCAGCAUUUAUGUUGGCUAAUAGUUUCGCCUAAUAAGAAGCUCUUGAGAUGGCUGGGGUGCACGGAGCGGUGAGGGGUACUCGGUUACUCUCGCAGUUUCCUUCCAAAGCAGCACGUUUGGUGCUUUGUCUGCAGCUGUUCAGCGGCUUGGCACGUCUUCUGCCCUUUCUCUUUGCGGUUGUUCUGCGUUGGCUCGAACCGCGCAGCUGAAAGGGGGGGGGCGUAGUUGGUGGUGUAGGUGGUCAGGGCAGCUCGGUGCGGCGGGCACCGCAGAGCCAGGGGUGCGUUCCAACGAGCGGCCCAGCCGAGCUUCCCCAGCGGCCUGCUGUAACCCCUCGUUUCUUAGGGUGCGAGUUUUGGUAUAGGGUUUUUUUGGUUUAUUUUUCCUCCAUUCCGUUUAUUUUUGUCAUUCAGUGGUUUAAUAAAACUAACUCUUCC